CCAUAUAUGGAUGAAAGCUUUGUUUCAAGAGCCUUUGCCACCAUGGGAGAGCUCGUACUGAGCGUAAAAAUCAUUCGAAACAGGUUGACAGGAAUUCCAGCAGGCUAUUGCUUUGUAGAAUUUGCAGAUCUAGCUACUGCAGAGAAAUGUUUACACAAAAUCAAUGGAAAACCGCUUCCUGGUGCUACACCGGCAAAGCGAUUUAAAUUGAAUUAUGCAACGUAUGGAAAACAGCCCGAUAACAGUCCAGAAUAUUCACUUUUUGUGGGAGACCUGACUCCUGAUGUGGAUGAUGGCAUGUUAUAUGAAUUUUUUGUUAAAGUUUAUCCAUCGUGUAGAGGUGGAAAAGUUGUUUUGGACCAGGCAGGAGUAUCCAAAGGUUACGGGUUCGUGAAAUUCACGGAUGAACUGGAACAGAAAAGAGCGCUGACAGAGUGUCAAGGAGCUGUGGGGUUGGGCUCUAAACCUGUACGCUUGAGUGUGGCUAUACCAAAAGCUAAUCGUGUGAAACCAAUGGAGUACAAUCAGAUGUACAACUAUAAUUAUAACCAAUAUUACCAACAAUAUCACAACUACUAUGCCCAGUGGGGCUACGACCAGAACACGGGCAGUUACAGCUACAGCUAUCCCCAGUAUGGAUACACGCAGAGCACGAUGCAGACAUAUGAAGAAGUUGGUGAGGAUGCAUUGGAAGAUCCGACGCCUCAGUUGGACGUCCAUGAAGCAAAUAAACAGUUUAUGGAACAGAGCGAAGAGCUCUACGAUGCCUUGAUGGACUGUCAUUGGCAGCCUUUGGACACUGUCUCGUCAGAGAUUCCAGCCGUGUUAUAGCCUCGUUGCUGAGGCACUGUGUCUGUGUGACAAGCCCGCCAGUGCGCUCCGGACUGUUAUGCUGCACCUGGAUCCUGCAGUAGUGAGGGGUGGCCCUUUCUCCACCCAGGUCUGUUACUCGAAGUGCAGGAGGACUGUGGCCUUUCCUGUACAGAAUGAGUGUCGUAGGAGCAUCAUGGUAACUUUUAUUCAUGGUGAAAGUUAGAACUGCAACAGUUUUAUUCCUUUUGUCUUGAAAUGAACUCUUAAUACUUCUUGGGAAUUGUAAUUUAUAAACUUUCAACGAGAUGGCACAGGGGAAAGACUCUACUCCAACGUACAAUAAAAAAGUUGGUCUUUUAAGUAAAAUUACCCUUUGCAUUUUGGUUCCUGCCCAUCUUUCUGUUUUGCUGCCCAUUUAACUGUCUUCAGUCAUUUGAUCCAACUCUCAUGAACGCGCUAUUUUAAAAAAUCAUUGUUGGAUACCACUAAAAUGUCUCAAAAGCUUUCUAGUGACUGGGUAAGGUUGCUGUAACUUGAGCACGGGAAAGAACCAUGUAGAUGAAAGCUUAUGUUCUGCUUAACCGAAGCUGUGAUCUUGAGCUAGCAAGUUUAUAGCUUGGUGUUCUUAAGCAAUCUGCCUGAAGAGCAUUUUGGAGAGUAAAGACAGAAAGGAGCGUUAUAAAACUACUACAGACCGAUGCCUUCUACCUGGUGAUCUCUCGCACGUUUGGCUGGCUUCUCCACCUGUGUAUGAGGAAAUAAUUCCCCAUCAGUCAAGCAGUUUAAAACACUUUUACCAGCAACCUUGUUUAAAUGUUAUUUUGUGUAUCAUGCCUUUUUUCAUUGUGGACACGCCUUGAUGGUCUCAUUAAGAUGUUAAGAUUUCAUAGCGUCUUCCACUGUCCUGUCAGAGUGAAUAUGGUGAAACUGAAGAUCUUGCAGCAAAAACGGGUCAGAGCAAUCUAAUUGAUAUAUUGUGCAACAAAUUGUUGCUAACCUGGAAAGCAGUUUUCUACUGGAUGUUGUAUAAGCUGGAUGGACAAGCAAUAUAUUUAAGCUAAUAUUAUGUUGCGUUAGAGGUGAAAGCGAAAAUAAUAGCACUUAUGUACAUGUUAUAAGCCCUUUUCAGGCUUUUGUGCCUUAAACUCUUUGAGAAAUAGGAACAGAUAAACUACCUGUAAUAAAUAUCUAUCCAAGAAAUAGUUUGGUAACUGAAAUUGCUACUGCAAAGCAUUUAGUUGCCUCCCUGCCCAUGUUGAUGCAGAGAUUUGCCACAAAAUUUAAAUACUUUCAUAAAGCCUACUUCUACUACA